AUGCCGAUGGUCACUGCGGUGACUUUGCCCGAACUUGACGCAGCAGAAGCGCUCCUUGAAUUACAAGGAGAAAUGAGAGAACUACAACCUGAACGAUCUAAUAGUUCCGCUCAAGAGGAGGUUGAAAGUUCAGCAACUACAGCCCUUUUCCUGAAUAGUUUGUUUCUUAAAAGAAGAUCGAAUUUGAAAUCAGCCCGUCCCGGCCCUAGUGUUCAAAAAACAUCACCAAGUACGCCUUACUUAAAAAGCAACUUCCAGUAUGGUUCCAGUCGGUUUACGACAAGGCUGGAACCGCCUUGCAAGAAACGUUUGCUUCAAAAAAAACAACUGGUCAAGCCGCAAAAAGCAUGUUGGUCUGAAGUCAUUACUAAACCCAGACUAGAUGAUAUUAAGGAAACUUGUGAUAGAAGCACACAAACCGAAGUGGAGUAUCAGCUACCUCAAAUCGAUAAAAUGGAGUCAAUUAUAAAAGACUUAUGUGCUAAGAUUGAGACAUUGGAAAAUAAACUAAAAAUGAAAUCAUCGGUUUCAUCUUACGCUUCAAAAGGGCGUAACAAUGUGAAAUCUAAGCCUUGUGAUCUAAACAGUAGCGACAGCGGCGAUGAAAAUGUUGCGGUUCCCCGGACGUCGUCGUCAAAACGUAAACGUUAUACAAUAUGCGCAGAUAGUGAUUGGGUUUCAAUUGGUGAUGGACAUGCUUUUGUUCCUAGCAGACUUUUAAAAAAUAUGGAUUGGUCGACUCAUACGUAUGCAACUCGAAAACUAUUGAGAGCGGUUUUCCCUAGGAGUGUGCUGGCAACACAUUCUCUUACGGGAAAACCGUCACCGGCAUUUCCUAAUAAGCCAGCAAAGAAGCGAUUGGAUCCCGCACUUGUGAACGACAUCGUACAAACUGUUGUUGACAAUUGUUGUGUGCCAGAGAGUGUUGUUAGGGCCAGUAUAACGACUAAAUGCGCCGAUGAAAGCAAGAUGUUUCGAAGUCGCUUAAGAAAAAGUAAAAGUAAUUCUGCUAAAAUCGAUCAGGAGAAUAUUCCACCGUUAUUCUGCAAAUCAGAAGAAUCUGACGAAUCUUAUCUAUCUACUUGA